AUGCGAUCUUUUUGCAGCUUUCGGUGGUGCAAGAUCUCAGGCAGGCAGGACUCAGAUCCUGAUGCGCAAUUCUCAGAACUGAUUGCCCCCCUACACCUCAUGCAUAGGAAUUCGCUUGCCCAUUUGUUUCGGACUGCCGCUUCGUUUUCAGCCUUUACAAUUAAUGAUCGCGUGCCCCGAGUAGAUAGUAGAAAGCUUCGGAGUAAUUCUCUUCGUAUUUUUCUGCUCCACACAAAUACAAAUCACCAUGUCGACCCCCAUCUCGACUACGAGUACCUCGGAUCCCACCCUGACUCUCGAGUCUUUCCCUUCGCAUUUUACCACAUUUCUACUCACCUACACAACCCCCUUCGAUCUCAUUCUUGCAACUAUUUUUCUGUGUUUUUCGCUGUACAAAUUUGGCGCGCACCGGCAGAACUUUCUCGCCACAGCCACCCUGAUCGCCGCGUACCUGGGUCGGAAAGCGAUCUUACCCGCAACGAACCUGGACGGAUGGGAUCCCGGAAAUGA